AUGCACCAGGCUGCCUUUUCAGGCUGCUCAUCCUGCGCAUGUGCUGCUGCGGACCUCUGCACGCGGGCGGAUCUGGACAUUGCACCGGGGUGUGCCGGGUGCAGCGCGCCGUCCACAAACUUCUGCACCAAGUUUGACAGCAACAGAAUUAUAGUCGCUGUGACGGCCAUUGUGACCCUGCUAUCAAUGGCGGCGCCGGUGGUGAUCAGCCUCUUAGCGCUGCUGCGGCAAGAGAGCGUGCGCAGCGUGCAGAGCGCGCGCGUCCGCGCAGCACGCUCCAGCCUCGCGGAUCAGCUGCGGCUGCUGGAGGAGGGACGGCCCCUGACGCUGCACGCCAACGCCCUCGCUGGGAGCAUCGGAGUGCUGCGGGACAGCGGGGAUGCGGCGAGCAUGCAGCUGGCCGACAAGGCUGUGGCAGCAUUUCAAAAGGCUGCUGGCAGCGCCAAGACCGCAGUCAAGGAGGCCGUUAGUGACAUGCCGCAUGCCCCUGCAGAACACACCAUCGAUAUCCAUGCGGGCGGUGUGCAGCAGCAGGAGCAGACGUCGUCUGGGCUGCUGGGGCGAUCCCUCUACCGGCCGCCCGGCGCGCAAGUGAGUAAUGUUAGCAGCAUCGCAGAGGAGGACUCGCUAAGCCGCAGCCCCUCUCUGGGGCCGCCCAGCAGGAAAUCAUCCACGCUCAGCAUGCGCUCAUCUCUGGCCUCCAACCCGCUGCUGCGCUCGUCCACUGACUUCUCUGCCAAGAUUUCCAGCCCCCUGCAGCGCCCCAGCCACCUCCACACACUCCUGGAGCCGGUGACCAUGCUGGACAGCCCGCUGAGCACGCACAGCUUCAUCCUGCCGGGCGAGAGUGACGCGAUGGAUCACAGCGCGCAGUCCAGCCCGGGAGCGCCUAUGUCACUGCAGCAGGACGGCACCCCCACCAAGCGGCACCACAAGAGCAAGAAGCACCACAAGGAGAGGCCGCAGAGGCAGGAGGCGCUCGCGGCAAUGAGCGGGGCUUAUGGCGUGCCCAUCGAGGAGAGGCCCAGGAAGCAGGUGCCCCAGCAAGACCCCGACGAUGACAGCGACGCAUCAGGGUACCUGUGA